UGCAAAGGGAGGAGCAGUGGCUGCUGCUCUAGUUUAAAUUAAUGUCAACCUGCCUCCUCGCCGGGAGAACAAACCCAGCGCACAUAGCGAAAGUACGUGCUCAGCGCAACCUGCAAGCCGCUGUCCAGACUUUUAACAUGACUCGGCGGCCGAGAAACAGUGUUUACAGUAGUGAGGAGGAUGAGGAGGAGACCGAGAUGUAUGAACAUGAUUAUGAUGGGUCAAUGGCCAAGACGGGGAAACGACACCUUGGCAAAACACGCUGGACUCGAGAAGAGGAUGAGAAGUUGAAAAAGCUCGUUGAACAUCACGGGUCAGAAGACUGGAAAGUCAUCGCAAGCCUACUAACUAAUCGUACAGAUGUGCAGUGCCAACACAGGUGGCAGAAAGUUCUCAACCCAGAACUCAUUAAAGGACCCUGGACCAAAGAGGAGGACCAGAGGGUGAUUGAGCUGGUCCAGAAGUAUGGAGCCAAGCGCUGGUCAGUGAUUGCCAAGCACCUCAAGGGGCGAAUCGGCAAGCAGUGCCGCGAGCGCUGGCACAACCACCUGAACCCGGAGGUGAAGAAGACAUCGUGGACCGAGGAGGAGGACAGAAUCAUCUACCAGGCGCAUGAGAAGCUGGGCAACCGCUGGGCAGAGAUCGCUAAGCUGCUCCCUGGCAGGACUGACAACGCUAUAAAGAACCACUGGAACUCCACCAUGAGGCGGAAGGUGGAACAGGAGGGCUACCUUCAGAACACGUCAAAGAGCAGCAACUCCUCGUUGUCCAUCAGCCACGGCUACGUCAAGAACCCCAAUCACAUCAUGGGCUUCUCUCACCACUCGCCCAGCCACGCACAGCUGCCUCCCCUGUCACCACUCAACUACACCUACAUAUCUGACACACACAGAGUGCCCUUCCCCAUGGCCCUGCAUUUGAACAUCCUGAACAUCCCCCAGCAUGGAACCGCUGCUAUACAGAGACACUAUAAUGAGGAGGACCCUGAGAAGGAGCAGAGGGUGAAAGAGAUCGAACUGCUUCUCAUGUCAACAGAAAACGAGCUGAGAGGCCAGCCAUCACUACCAAUGAAUCUGCCCUAUUCAGGCUGGGUCAGCCAGAGCGCCCUGACCAACGGCUCGGACGGCGUGGCUGUGUCUUUACCUCACCACCAGGCAGCUGCUCCAGCCCUGCCGCUCGGCCAGAGCUGCCUCCCCGAGGAAAGCGCCUCCGCGACACGCGCCCACAGCAACAACGGCACCAACAAUAACAACAACAACAACAGCAACAGCCACCAGAGCGGCUCGACGUUCUCAAAUAACACGGAGUUCAUGGAAUCUGUCAUCGAUUCUUUUCUCAACCAGUCGAUGAGCCCCGAACACUCCGACAGCGACAGUUUGCCAAUGAGCUCGCCCGUGGACUCCAAGCCCCUGAUCGACCACUCUAUCCAGCCUCAGAAAGAGAAUGAAAUGUUCCGAACUCCAAACAUCCGUCGAUCGAUCCUGGAGUCGACUCCUCACACUCCCACACCUUUCAGAUCAACACUGGCCCAUCCUGACGCCAAGUAUGGGCCUCUCAAAAUGCUGAACACAAUGGAGCAGCAGAUGAUUGAGACCAUCAAGCAGGAGCCCAUGGAUUGUGCCAUCGAGCAGCCUCCUCUUAAGAAGAUAAAACAAGAGGUGGAGUCCCCAUGUGAGAGGAGCCCCUGCAUGCAGUGGGAAGGACAAGAACUUCACACACAGCUCUUCUCUCCUAAUGGCCCCGCACAGGAAGUCCCUGACCUACUUACAAGCUCGUUACUGAGUGAAGACGGACACAAAUCCUACCACCUCUCUCACAGAGGCAUGAACAGCCCACUACAGCAGCAGCUCAGUUCCUGGGAGCAGGUGACCUGCGCAAAAACAGAGGAGCACAUCUUGGCCUCGGAGCAGAGCCACAAGUACAACACUUACCCCACGAGGACACUGGUCAUGUAGACAGAGACGCACGUUGAUCUGGAGACAUCAGCACUCCGUGCGCCGGACACAGCUUCGCGGGCUUCAUAUUUGUUGUGGUACAACAGUUGGGAGAGGCUUUAUGCCACCGGUGUUUUUACACUCACACUUGUUGGAUUUCAACCAACCAAAGACUAUCGUUGUUUUCGUUUUGAAUUGAAAAUCUUUUUACAUAGCCUUUUGCUUCGGGUUUUUACAAAUGUACACCUAAUCUCUUUUUUUGGUCUUGUGUGUAUAUUAUUAUCAAUGUUGUAUUAUAAAUGGGAAACGGUGACUAUGUUUGCAUUGGGCUGUAUUAUUAAUAACGAAUUUUGAUAUUAAUAUAAAGAACAAGUUGAUUAAUUUAUUUGUUUUUUUAUAUAAAGACUUUGUUGUUGUUGUUUUACAAUUGGCCAAUUUACCAGUGUUGUAAUUAUAAGUAUUUAAGCCCUGUUAGCAUUAUUAUAUAUCCAAAGGCAUAUUAAUGAUUUCAAAACUGACCUCUGUAUUUCACACAUGAAACUCUUUUUCUAUUUUGUUAUCUUUUUUUUUUCUUUAUUUUACUUUUUUUUUUCUUUUUAAGGAUGUAAUGGGUCUACUGAGAAUUUCAAGUGUUUGGUCUGUGUCUUCUCAUGUAAACACUGAUCAAGAGCUACUGUUCUCGCUUCACUAUUCAACUAUCGCGUUUUACACGACAGAAGGGGCCAACCUUAUUAGUAUUACCUGAUCGCAACAUUAUUGGCACAUGUAGUGUCCAACAAAAAAAAACAAUCUAGUUUUCAUUUCAACUUUUGGUUUACUGCUGGCCUUCACAGUAUCCUGUAUCGGGAAAGCAUUCCAUGAACAAAGGCGUUUGUUAAAAGUUAAACAUUAUAUGUAGAGUAUAUUUUUAAAAAAAGAAUUUAAACAAGCUUCUAUGUUUGAGACCACGAGCUUCACCCAGUAAGAGUAAGACCAAGCUGCACUUGAAUUUUAUAUUUGCGACAGAAUAGUGAGAGUAAUAAACACUGAUAUUUUAUAUUAUGCUACAGACAAAAGCCCAGUAAAAACUUUUGUAACAUUUUCUUAAAGCAUUUCUUUGAAUGGAUUUGUAUUUUGUAAAGCAAUCAGCAUUUUGUUUUCUUACUAAGACUGCAGUAGCCCAUGUCAAACACUUAGCAGACAACCCUUUUUUAUGUUUGAAUGCUUUUUUUUACUAGCUUCUGUGUAAGAACUUUUUUUUACCAACGCAUUUAUAUGCCAAGUUUUCAUGUUUUUUUAUACUUUUCUAUACUGCCUAGUAAAUAAAGUGUGCUGUUUUUAUUA